AUAAAAGCCCUGCGGAGGACGAGGCUGUAGGUGCGGAACGGAGCGUUGUGCCAUCAAGUACAGGAGACUCUCGCGGAAGAUCGGCUGCAACGGUUCUUGAUCUCGUCUCUGCUGCGAAGUCUGUCGAUUUGUCAACGCCAACAUGAUGACCUUCCGCCCAACCGGUCUUUUAUUCCUGGCUCUUGCCUGUGUCAUUCUCGUCACGGUCCAUGACACGGAGGCGGCGCCGUCGUGCGGGCCGACCAGAACGCACGUCGACGAGUCCACCUGCAAGCACGGCACCGUGGAGGACUGGUGCCGCAACCGCGUCUGCGCCAAGGGCCCCGGCGAGGAGUGCGGCGGCGAGUGGGGCGAACUCGGCAAGUGCGGCGGCGGCAUGUACUGCUCGUGCGGCUUCUGCUCGGGCUGCAACACCAACCUGGAGUGCUGGUUCGGCCACUUCUGCUAGGGCUUCCGCCUCUGCCACAGCCCGGCCGCUUAUCCCUUCCCCGCUUCCUCCUUGGGCUCCCCUCGCUGCCCGGGGCCAAGGGCCGCCUCACCGUCGAGUUGAACGUGAGCGGGCCGCCUCGGGUCCCACUCGGGCCCUUCCAUCAAGCAGGAAUGGAAGGCCUCGUCAGGUCGCCCUCUAAAAACGGUCUCGGUGGCGACCUUCUCCCUACAGUACCUCGACCGCCGCCGGGAAGACGACCGCAGUUCACUUUUGUUCUGUAUUCUCUCACUUCUAUAUUGUUCUGUGAGAGGAGAACAUAAGUAAAUAGAUAUAUACAUACGUACAUAUGUUCCUAUAUUUGUGU